UGGCGAGUGGUGCGCUCGGUCACACGCCGCGUCCGCUCCGCACCGUGUACUUCGUCCGAGCCGAGUAGCGGCGCCGCGCGCGAGUGUCCCAGCAGUGUGCAGCGAGCCCGGCAGUGCCCCGCCUGCCGCCUGCCAUGCGCGCGCUCUGAGCCGGCAGCGCCAGCGCUCACCAUGCCGCGCGUCAAGCCCUCCUGCGUCCGCCGCGUCUCCAUCGGUACUUAACCCUCCACUCCGACAUCUCACCACAUCACACACGCCGCCUGUGCCACAUCUCACUCUCCGGUUGUGACCCCCGCGAGGAAUUAUUGUGUUUUUGUCGAUACGUUACUGUUGAAUCCACGAUUUGAUACUCGUACCGAUAAAAUGAUUCAGUUAGCGACGAUAAAAUUUGGCAUACAUCAGAAAGUGAGCACUAAAAUCCGUCACCAACGGGGUGACAGUUCGGGGUCGUGUUCCGAAGAAGAAAUUAACCAUGUGUCUGAUGAAGCGAGAGACCGGCCUGAGGCACACAUGUGUCCUCGUUGCCAGGAACAGUUCGAGAACCUCCACGAGUUCCUGUACCACAAGCGACUGUGCGAUGAGAAAGCGUUGCAAAUGGGCGAGGAAAGAAUGCAUUCGGAUCCAGAGGAAAUGGUCGUUUCAGGCGACGAAGAAAUGGAUGGUCCUAACAAACGAUUAGAACAAGUCCGACGGCAUCGACAAGAUGCGGAAAACAAUAACAGCCUCGAAGAUGGCGAGGCAGAAGUGCCUGAAGCCGAUGUGCCACCGGUCGGUCUGCCCUUCCCGGUGGCUGGCCAUGUCACGCUCGAAGCCUUGCAGAAUACUAAAGUUGCCGUGGCACAAUUCGCUGCAACUACAAUGGCGAACAAUGCCGAUAACGAAGCGGCGUUACAUGAAUUAGCCGUGCUACAAAGUACGUUAUUUACACUACAGCAUCAACAAGUGUUUCAACUACAAUUAAUACGCCAAUUACAAAACCAGCUGUCAUUAACGCGACGGAAAGAUGAUCAGCUUCCGAGCCCGCCGCCAAGUGAACCAGAGCCAGUGCCGGUGCCUCCCGCUCGAUCGCCGUCACCGCCUCGUCCGCCACGGGAGCCAACUCCUGUCGCACCCCCUCCUCCUACUAGUCAAAGUUUACCGUCAACCCAUUCGCAUCUUACACCUAAGACGGAACCUAUAUCCGUUCCUAAACUUCCAACCUCAUCUCCACCGAUGAUGUCCCAUCCACCGUAUAGCUCCAUUUCCUCAUCGUUAGCAUCUUCGAUAAUAACAAACAACGACCCGCCACCAUCUCUCAACGAACCCAAUACGCUUGAAAUGCUACAAAAGAGAGCACAAGAAGUGCUAGACAAUGCGUCACAAGGCCUACUAGCCAAUAAUCUUGCCGAUGAACUUGCGUUCCGUAAAUCGGGAAAAAUGUCACCCUACGACGGAAAAUCUGGAGGAAGAAAUGAACCAUUUUUCAAGCAUCGCUGCCGUUAUUGUGGAAAAGUGUUUGGAAGCGACUCUGCGCUGCAGAUCCACAUUCGAUCGCACACAGGUGAAAGACCUUUUAAAUGUAAUGUAUGUGGAUCACGAUUUACAACCAAAGGAAAUCUCAAAGUACAUUUCCAAAGACACACAGCAAAGUUUCCGCAUGUCAAGAUGAAUCCCAAUCCAGUACCAGAGCAUUUGGAUAAAUAUCAUCCCCCAUUGUUAGCGCAGCUGUCGCCGGGACCAAUUCCUGGCAUGCCACCACAUCCACUUCAAUUCCCUCCGGGUGCGCCAGCUCCUUUUCCGCCAAGCUUGCCGUUGUACAGACCCCCACACCACGACUUACUACCACCUCGUCCACUCGGAGACAAACCUCUACCGCCUCAUCCACUAUUUGCAAUGCGAGAGGAACAGGACGUUCCGGCUGAUCUCAGUAAACCAUCCGCGCCGAGUCCUUCUCAAUCAGCACCAGAGGUUAAGUCUGAACCACAAGACGAUGAAUGUCAUCGAGAAUCCAGUUUUGAAGAUGUUGACCGAGUAUCUCCUAAGCGAGAACCUGACGAAAAUGAUGCCACACAAGAUCCAGAACAAGAUAGAUACCCUUCGACUUCACCCUACGACGACUGCAGCAUGGAUUCAAAAUAUAGCAAUGAAGAACAAAUCGGCAGAGAGAGUCCUCAUGUGAAGCCCGAUCCAGACCAACCGGAAAAUCUUUCAAGUUCGGAGAGCGGGCGGAGCGCGCGGGCCUCGCCACCAUCGCCCACCAUGUCGACGCUGUCGACGCCGCCGCGGCUGCCGCUGCACUCGCCGCUGCCAUCGCCGCCCACGCCUAUCGCUGCGCUCGGCGCGCUCGGAGGAUCGCCCUUCAGCCCGCUCGGACUCGCGUUCCCUCCCGCAGUGCGCGGCAACACGACCUGUAACCUCUGCUACAAGACGUUCGCCUGCAACUCCGCUCUGGAGAUACAUUACCGGAGCCACACCAAGGAGCGACCGUUUAAAUGCACCGUCUGCGAUCGCGGCUUCUCCACAAAGAGCAGUGGCGGCGGUUGCCGGUGCGGUAGGCGCGCGCGCGCACCCCGCCCCCCGCACGCCACUGCUUUGGACCUGUGGAACGCCUUCGUUUACCCGGGAAACAUGAAGCAGCACAUGCUGACGCACAAGAUCCGUGACGUGCCUCCUGGGUUCGACAAGAGCUCCAGUGGAGCUGAUGACACCAGAGACGGGAGCCCCGACCGUCGGUCGUCGCCUGAUAAGCUCGACCUAAAACGCUCGCCCCCUGCGCACCCCCCGCCACAAAUGACGCAUCCCCCACCUAUUGAUAUGCCACCAAUGCCCAAACGACCUAGUGUACCUAGCGGGCCGACGCAUCCUCCACCGCCCACAUCGUCCAAGCACCUGUGCGGAGUUUGCCGCAAGAACUUCUCCUCGUCGUCUGCGCUGCAGAUCCACAUGCGCACUCACACUGGAGACAAACCAUUCCGAUGUGCCGUGUGCCAGAAGGCCUUCACCACGAAGGGCAACCUCAAGGUGCACAUGGGUACCCACAUGUGGAGUGGUGGCGCGUCCCGACGCGGCCGGCGCAUGUCCCUGGAGCUACCACCGCGGCCACUGCACGAGCCGCACGACCUACUCAGACGCCCAGACCUCUUCUACCCGUAUCUACCCGCGCCAUUCCUUAACGGCAUGCAGCAAAAGCUGAAUGAAAUAUCAGUAAUACAGCAGAGCGCGGGUCAAAAUGGUGUAGCUGGGAAAUUCCCAGGACUCCUUGGUUUUGGAGCAUUUGGAGGCGCACGACCUGGUGCAGCAUCACCCCUCGAACGGCCGCCGUCUCUGGAAGGCGGAGAUGAGAGGCAGGCCGCCAUGCGCGAGCUGGCCGAACGUGGGCGCGAGCUGGCGGAGCGCAGCCGGCAAAUGCGCGAGGAGGAGUACCGCGGGGCGCCAGCGCACGGCUCGCACGCGGCGGGCGCGGCCGCGGGCUCCCCGCCGGCGCCGCACCACCAGCACCCACUGGCGCCGCUAGCGCCCCCCGCGCGCACUGAGGGGCUGACCGUCUAGUGACGCGGGAGUGGCGCCCCACUACAUUCCACGAGUCCGGCCGGAGAGCCGCGGGGCCGCGCGGGCCCCGGCGACGUCGAGUCUCAUUGUACAAAGAGUUAGAGUCUAGUGUGAGAGUGCGGACCGUUGGUCGCGACUGCGACGAGGCGAGCUGUUGUAGCGUAAUUAUGUGCGAGGUGUAGCGCUAUGUACCGUUGUUAUUCCACGUGUUAUUACGCCUAGUAUUACUAUAAGUAACUUAUUAUGCACGAGUACGGGCCUGGGGCAAUCGGAGGCUCGUCGCGAGCUCCACGUUUAUGUCAUUACUCUGUGAUAGUGCACAUUUGGAGGCUGUGUCCGACGUACCGAGGGAGUUCGCCGGAACCGAUGUCGUCGCAUUGAUACAGUCUGAUGUGCUAUGACAUCAUAAAUUAAAUAUAAAUUAUCCCAAAAAUUAAAUAAUUUUCAUAAAACUAUAUCUUUUUAAAUUAAAUGUACAUAAUUUGUAAAAUAGUACUGUAACGAAUGAGUAGAUAUAAACUUGAAUUUAAUAAAAUAUUAUAUUAUUAUAUUGUACAACUGGAGUGCAAUAUGCAUGAUUUUGUCUUUGCCACAUUCCAAAUAAUUGAUGUUACUGAGACAGCAGUUCUCUAACAACUCAUAGUUUCCUUUGACAACAUAACAAUGCCAUAUUUCCGUCAGUUGAAUAUAAUAAUUCUAUGUAAAUGUAUGGAGUAAGUCCAUAUGAACGUAUGAUUAUACAUAAUAUUGCAUAUUGUACUAUGUCUAUGAAAAUACCGAAAAAUUAAUUCUUGUAAUUCUAUUACCUAUGCAUCUACCUAUUGUCUUAAGGUAUUCAAUAUUGUAUUACAAUACAUUUAAUUGUAACAGAGGUUAAUGACAUAUUCAUAUCAUGUAAAUUAAAAGUAUUUGCAUUUGAGGUCUAUAGUUAUAAGUAUUUAGAGUCAUAGCUAUUAUAUUGCUUUAGAAUACUUCAACAUAUCUUUGUAAAAAUGUGAGCGACUGGUGUUUCGACGAGACGUUGACUAGUACUUUACGGUUAUAUACUAUGUAUUAUGUAGUAUCACCGGCACUGUACGCAGACUGACCACGACUAUGUACACAUUUGUAUUACAUUUCUUUCCAAAUAUGCAUUUUCUCAAUGCUUGUUAGACGCCGUAGUCCAGUUGCUAAUAAAUUUAAUUAUUUUUUAAACAAUUAUGUAUGUAUUUUAUACUUUCGACAGUAGUUAUCUGUGUAUAAAUGUCCUACUAAAUUAUUUAUAAAUCAUGCAUACACUCUUAGUAUUAAAUGAACGCUUGCGGGGCGAUAGGCCUCGUGUGCCAGUUUAGUUGUCUAGAAUAAAUUCUCAUAGCACCUACGAGCUAAUUAUUAUAUCAAGUUGCAAAUAGAACUUAGAGCGUAGUAUUAGUCAUGAAUAUGAAGUGUCAUGUCAUGUCAGUAUAAAUAAUCAUUGUAAAUUAUUAAAUGUUUAUGUAAAUGUCCAAAAAGUAUUCAAAUUAUUUAAAAAAUCAAUUAUUAUACUAAUAAUUAUUUUCUUUUUUGUUUCUCCUUCACUACCUUCACCCUCCCUUUACGUUUUAUUAUUUUUAAUAUAAUCAAGUAAUUUAAGUGCACACUGUGUUGAAAUUGACUUAAAGAUAAACUCCAUAUGAAAAAGGUAUAAUUAAUUUAUGAUCACAAAGUAAUAGUCGCAAGUCAUACUGUAUCGCGCACGAGCAUUGUUUGAUAAAAAAUACGCAUGCGCGCAUUUGGUUCACGAGUUACGCGCAUCUUACGGGACGCACCAUAAUCAGAUAGUCAUAUGAUACCUACCAUCAUAAGAUAGUCGUAAGUCAAAAUAAACUUUAUGCUCUACGAAUAAUUACAGACGUAAAAAAUAAUGUUUAUUUAAAGAUGAUAUACAUAAACAUAAUAAAUACCGCGAAGCAAUUUUCUACCUUCUUCACUAUUGUAGGUACUUCUGUUUC